CCCCCACCGCUCUCCCAAUGGGGAGGGCUGGCAAUUCGUAAGAAUGCCAGGGCCGAAUUUUGGUCCCAGUCCACCCCUGCUCAUUACUCCACUUCCAACAACCAGCGCAAUUUACGUUCCAGUAGCUUCAUCUCUAAAGUUAUUCCCAAAGCUCGCACCUCCUCUGGCCGCUCCUCAUUCCAGUUUGCUGCUUCCAACGACUGGAAUGCGCUGCAAAAAAAUCACUGAAGUUCACACGAUCCAUUAUCUACCUUCAAUAAUUCAUGGGGAUCAAUAGUUUCUGAUCAAUGUGCUUCUGAGUACUUAAAGACAGUUUUAAAUCUGUUUUGACUGAUUUUACACAUUAUAUAUGAGAACAAUCAUAACUGUUUUAUCAGAAUUUUAUCUCACCUGUUUUGUCUGUGGUGUAAAGCUAACUGCUGCUGCUUCCUCUUGGCCAGAUCGUCGUUGUAAAGCAGAAUGAGUUUUCAAUCCACUCAUCCAUUUAAAUAAAGGUUAAAAUUUAAAAAAUGUAGGUGAUUAAUGUGGUUUAAUUCAUUUGUUCAGUAGCAAGAAAACUCCUCUUGCCACUGCACGCUCAGUUCCACAUGGGGGCAAUCAUGUCAAGUGACUGGGUUUUAGUUUCCUGCUGUCAUGGGGCCGCUGAGAUAUAUAGAUCUAUUUGUCUUUUUACUCACUUCACAGCCUUUCAGUUAUUUUGUCAACUUCCCAGCAUGUCUUAAUUUGUCCAAACCAGCUGCUUGGUGCUGUUGGACAUGUGGCGGACUGAAGAAAAGUCUCUCCAGCAGCCGGAAAGGGCUGGGCUGGGGAGCCUCUCAUUACUAAAGGUUAGAUCUGUCACAUCACACAUGCACAUAAAGCUCUAAUGAGCAGCUGGAGUGACAGUUCAGGGGACUCCUUUUGCUAAAGCCCUCUGAUCCUCCCUUUGGGAUGCAGCACUUCCUGCGGUCUAAAGGAAGAGCAAAUUUGUUCAGAUUACACACUAAACCUUAAAGGGGGAAGAAACAGCUUUUGUGUUGCUUUUUCUCUGAGGAGCGAUGCACGUCCAAAGGCUUCAUCCUUAGAUGCACCAAACAGAAGUGUUUAAGUCAUAAUUCAGAUGCUUCUGGGUACAGGAUGGAUGCGGGUGCUUCUGGGGUGGAUGCUGUGAUGUAAGAGGAGGUGGGGGUGGGAGCGCCUCUCUCUCCCCCAUAGAGCGCAGCAUGAGCGCUCCGCAGCAAAAGGAUGUGUGAGCAGGCAGCGCGCUACUGUAGGGACGGAGUCCACAAACUGCUGAACAAAGAACAAGCCAAACUUCGAGCCCAGGAGAGCCGAGAGCAGCCGAACCCCGUAGCCGGUCAGGACAGCGAGUCCGCGACGGCAGCGCAGUCCGGAAACAGCGGCGCCCAGCCCGGUGGAAUCGACGGGCUCGUCCGCUGGAUCGUCACCAAAAUGAGCGACAACAAGAACGUCUCCAGCCGGGAGUACGCCUCCAGCAAGGAGGAGGUGGCCGUGGCCCAGGAGCAGUUCUUCGCCCCCGAGCCGCGGAGAGGCAUCUCGGUGAUUCUGGAUAUCUUCAGAAGAGCCGACAAAGAUGAUGACGGGAAGCUGUCGCUGGAUGAGUUCCAGGCGUUCUUCUCCGACGGCACGCUGAACGAGGAAGAGCUGGAGAAGCUGUUUCACACCAUCGACUCUGAUAACACCAGUAACGUAGACACUAAGGAACUCUGUGACUACUUUGCCAAGCAUAUGGGAGAAUAUGAGGGCGUUCUGGCCUCGCUGGAAACACUCAACCUGUCCAUCCUCAAAGCCAUGGAUUUCACUAAGAAGGUUUAUGAAAGGGGAACCAACGUGGAGCAGUUUGUGACGCGUUUUCUUCUGAAGGAAUCUGCCAAUCAGAUCCAGUCCCUGCUGAGCUCCGUGGAAAGUGCUGUGGACGCGAUCGACGAGCAACACGGCCAGUCGGGUCACCAACCUGCUAAAGUCAGUCCACGCACGUCGGAGAAGCGCCACCAGAACACCGUUCCUGAUUAUCCCCCCAACAACAGAGUGAGCGCAAGGGAGGCCGUCAGGACCGUCAACACGGCUUCAGGCGCCGUGGAGGUGAGGAAAGAAGGCCUGGAGGCUCAGAUCAAUCGCCUCGCCGAGCUGAUCGGACGUCUCGAGAACAAGACGGUCUGGUUUGAUCUGCACCAGAGACUAACCGAUACAGAUGGCACCCCCAGCGCAUCCUUACUGCUGAUCCGCCAGGAGAUGGUGGUGUCCCAGAAGAAGCUGGGAGACUUCUGCGAGGCUCUGAAGCAGUACCUGAAGAACGUCUCUGCUCAGAAAGACUGCUUUCACGUGACGGCGGUGCGUCUGCCUGACGGUCUGUCCUUCGUCGUCUACGAGUUCUGGGAUGGAGAAGAGGAGUGGAAGAGGCACCUUCAGUCGCCUCCCAACAAAGCCUUUCAGCAUGUGAAGGUGGACACGCUGUGCCAGCCGGAGGCCGUGUCUUCUGUAGCCGUGCCAGCCGCCUGGUGCAGCGUGAACAAGGAUUGAGCAUGAAGACCGUCACCUACACGCCAAGACUCCUGGACACUCUCCACUUCUUCUUUCCCCGCCCUACCCGUUACUGCCCCUCCCCUCCUUUAUCCCUCAGCUCCUUUUUGUAAGUACACGUUUACAUCAUGAAAACGGAAGGAACGGUGCACAUUCCUAAAAACACGUUGGACCACGAUGAGGUCGUGUAGCGGGAACCCUGAGGUGGCGCUUCAUGUAGCAGUCAGUUUUCCUUAAAGCCGUCCUGCAGCGCCUCCAGCUACCAACGUCACCCUCCCAGCAGCACAUCUGUCAGAUUAGGCUGUAAUCUCAGGAAAUCUGAUAGAGGUGAGCUCCAAUCAGAACAAACACCACGUUGCAACAGUCCCACUUUUGAGUUCUGGGUCAGAGCAGCAAUAAUUAACCCUCGUGCUGCUCAGAUGAUCCUUUUGCUGGAAUUAUGUUUAACCGACACCAGUUCAGGCUAAAAAUAACUUAUUUUAGUAAAAUCCCAGGAAUCCCAUCUCAUGGGAUGUUGAGACUUCCUAGAAGAAGACAAUUCAAAAUAAUUUAAUCUCUCAUUUCCUGAGAUUACUUGACCAAAAUAACCACGGAACCAGUAAAACACGGUUAAAGCUUUAUUCUGGUGGAAACCUGAGACGGCUCCAAGUUCUGAUUAUUAUUUUGAUGCUGAAGGCCAAAAUGAUCAAGUUUGUUAGAAUAAUUAAUGACACAAGAAUAAAUCUGUAACGCUGCAUCUGUAGAACAGAAUGGAGGAAAUAUCAAACAACAGGAUUUAAAAUCUUUUAUUCUGUUUGAAUGGAGAACUUUGAGUCCUCUGGGGGGAGUAAAGUCAAUAAGAUCGAUUCAAACCUAACAACGGGAGCAUCUUCAGCUGGGAUUAGCAGAUGUUGGCCUUCAGAUAUCCGUAAUAAAACAGUCCGACUUUCCACAUCAUCCUAAUUUCAUUAGAAUAUGAGCAGAUUGAUUCAUUCUGUUAAGGGAUUAUCGACAGCCGAAGGAAAACUAAAAUCAAGUCCGUGCAGCUCUUUCUGUGUGUGUGUGUGUGUGUGUAUCAGAACCGACUAUAAGUAGAUUUAUUAGCUGUGCUAAGUCUAGCAGCGGGUGUAUAUAAUGAGACAUGGUUAUAUUUGUAUUUAGUGCUACGGUGUCAUCUCCCCUCGGCAAAAGCAGCAGAUUCCUUAAACCGUCCGAAUUAAAGCCUUAAAACGUCUCAGAGUGGAACAGGUUUGCAAAAAACAACAGAGGCAUUUUAAAUCCCAGGCAAUUAGAUUAAAUCAGGUUCCAGCAUAUCAGUAAAUAAUCUGGAGUCUGAGCUGAACGCGGUACCUGCUGGAUGUCCGCUCGCCACCGUAGAACAGAGUUUAAGAAGCACAAUGUAAAAAAAACAUGAUUCUAGUGUUGAUGUGUAUCUGCUGGGUCUAUUUUCUCAUCUCAUCACCUGUUUGUUCUGAAGGGGGUGGGGGGGGGGGGGGUCUAUCUGCACCGUUUCCUCCUGUUAGAGCGCUGGGCCGCCGCCGUAAACCUGUGGAGGUCGUGACCUUUUUGAUUGGCGAGGAAAAACCUCAGAAACUAACCCUGAAUAAUUUCUCACAUCCAACCAUCUGAUGUAACGUUUCCUCCCACCUCGCCCCGAACGGCUUCUCAGCAGCAAGAGCGUUAGCAGGUGUGCACCAAAACAUGAAUCCAUCAUCAGGGGGACUGUGGCGUUUAUAACGACCCCCACGCGCUUUAUGGAGUCAAGUCAGGAGAUACUUCCCCCCCCAUCGUUGCUCCUACUUCCUGUUUGAACCUCCAGGCUCCUGUAGCAGUGCUGUGUGACUCAAUAUUCAUGGAGCUGAUCCGUAACGUAGGUGUAACUAAUGUGUUGAAUAUGUUUGAUGAAACAAACCAUUUUAUUUAUAAUUAAACUUUUCGGCUCAUGCUGGAGGUUCAGCUUCGGUUGCAUUUUAUUCGCUGUCAGUGUUGGGAGUAACACGGUACAAAUGUAAUUAAUUACUGUGAUGCAUUGCUUUUUGCUGUAAUGUGGUAAUGUAAGGCAUUACAGGGAAAGAAAAUGGUAAUAUUUACUCGGUACAAGUGUCCGUAACACAAUGCAUUUAUAAACCCAGAAUCAAGACGUGGGUUUCCGAAAUAUUCAAAUUGCGGGAAGCCUGAAAAAAGAUCCAGUAUCUACAUAUAUGACGUCAUUUAUGGACUCAGCUUUGCGGGCAUUCUAUGAGCAGAGAGGACGCAGCGGUAACGGCUCAAAUACUCCAGCUGCGUCCUGCGCGCGGCCGCUGUUAUAUUCACAAAAUCUCUCCACCAACACAAAGUAAUUCGUUUGCGAUCGUUUAUUUCAGCCCAUAUUCUCUGGUACUUCCUGUACUUUUCAGCUGAGUUCAUAAUCUGUGCCCAGUGAUUUCAACUCAUUGCUGCAGGAGCGCAGCGCAUAUUAAGCUUCUUUUUUUGCGUUCGGUAGAUCCCUUUGGCUGAUUAGUUAGAAAGUAGGAAAUCUAGGAAACAGUUUUUCUGGAAGACGGAGAAAACAUGCAGCAUGCAGGAAGGUUAGAGAAAGGGCCGGAAAUUAUUCAGAUAAAAUCAAGAAAACAAAACAAAGUGCUUGAAAAGAAAAAAGUAGGUAGAUUUAUCCCCAAUACACAUGUUUACCUGUGAAAAGCAAUAAUAUAUAAGUAUUUAAUAUUUAUACAUGUGAUAGAAUCAGAUCUCCCCAGAAGUCAGUCCCACAUCCAGGGCCGUGUCAAAGCAUUUGGGGACCAAGGCAAAUAUAGGCUUGGAGCCCCCACCACCUCACUCCCUGCUCAGAUGGCCCUAUAAGAUGGCAGCGUGCUGAGAGUACAGAUUGUUUAUUAAAUAAAAGCAACAACAAUCAUUUAAAGCACUGUUAUUAUAUCUGACUGUUUUUAACAGCAACCCUAGCUCAGACACCACAUCACCUUCCACAUAUAUGUCAUGAGCUCGCUGAGCGUCACAUGACCAGAUUCAUACUGAAGUUGUUUUGGUGAAAGUAACUUAAAGUAAUGCUAAAGUAGUGUGAUGCCUUACAUUUUAAAAUCAGUAAUAUUGUAAUGUAAUGAAUUACUUUUAAACAAGUAAUAAACAAUGCAUUACAGUUAUAAAGUAACUUGCCCAACACUGUUCGCCGUACACGUCAAUCUAAAAGCUCCACAGGGCGCUCUGCUGUCGAACCAGAACUUAGCCAUACGCUGCACGGCGUUCGGCGCGGCCCGCACGCUCUAACGGAGGGUGCUCCCUUCGUCUGCGCCCAGCGAGGUUGGGUUUCAUAUUUCAGGUAGAUGGUGACUGAAAUGUUAAAUAUGCCAAUACUGUUUCCUGUUGAAACACUCCUGAGCGUCCCUCAGGCUGUGUUCUUUUUCUACCCUCCUCCUCCUCAGUGCAACCUGUGCUUUGUCAUACAUUGAAAGAGUUAUGCCGUUGAAGCCUCCUGACUGAGUGUUUCCUGCAGCAGCGGGAGGAAGUCCCACCUCCUGCUGGUGUCCGUCGCUGUCGGGAAGCUCGGACACGAGUCGUCACACGUGAUACAAAAAGCCAAUCAGGAAUUAGCCAGACAUCAAGGCCAUAACUCUUCCUCUCUAUGGCGGUGUUCUUUUCUAUCCUCCUGAGUGCAUGUCAACCUGAAUGUCCAGUAACGUAGUUUUAGGCCAUGCUACUCGAUAGAUUUUGUGCUUUUCUUAUCUUUUCUUUUCUAGUGUUCCUAUGAAGGAGACAGAGACUAAAAUAUAUUUGACUAGAAGAAAAAAGGCAUAUAAGAAUGAUCUUAAACUUUUAUGGCAAUGUUUGAAAUAUUAAUUCUUAAUGUAUGUUUCAGUAAAACUGCUUUCUCUUCAAGUGUAGAGACUUACUGCAGGGAUGCGAGUCAUGGUGGUCCUUAAAGAAUAAUUCUAGAUGAUGUAAAGUGAUGCAAAUCAAUAAAACUAUCAAACUGAA